AUGGCCAUUGAGGAGGACGUGGAGAGCUGCGGCAGCCGAGCGGCCGACUCUUUCUCGCACAUCAACCCUCGCCAUCACAGGCAGAAGCUGGAGGUCUACAACGAGGUUCUCCGCAGAAUUCAGGAUUCCGCUCACGAAGACGCCAAUCUCCCUGGCUUCGACGAUCAGCUCUGGCUUCAUUUCAAUCGCUUACCUGCACGCUACGCUCUAGACGUUAAUGUUGAGAGGGCGGAAGACGUGCUUACUCACAAGAGACUGCUCCAAUUGGCAGAAGAUCCUGCUAAUCGACCUGCAUUUGAAGUUCGUUUGGUGCAGGUGUUUCCUGUCUCAAAUGGAAAAGCUCUUGACUCCAUUCAUUUAGAUUCUUCACUGAUAGAAGAUGCUCAAAGUUCUUAUUUAUCAAGCAGACAAGCUACCCACGCUCCUCCAACAUUUGGUUCAUCAUCUAAUCUUGAAGCUCUCACACAUAGAUAUCAUGUUGAAGAUGGUGAUAGCGCUGUAAACUCAACAUCAAACCAGGCCAGGCCCAUGCAUGAGAUCACCUUUUCGACAGUAGACAGGCCUAAACUCCUUAGUCAGUUGACUUCCCUGCUUGCUGAAGUUGGUUUGAAUAUCCAAGAGGCCCAUGCAUUUUCUACCGUUGAUGGGUUUUCCCUGGACGUCUUCGUUGUGGAUGGUUGGCCUCAUGAGGAGACUGAGGAGCUUAGAAAUUCUUUGGAGAAGGAAAUUCUGAAGUCUAAGGUAGGCAUAUUUUUAAUUUUUAUUUUAAAAAUUUUCCAGCAGGAACAGCAAGUUUCGAAACAGCCUUCUAUUUCCACUAUCAGCAUUGUUAAUAACACGAGGAUUGUACCACUUCCUGGUUGCAUAGAAAUACCCAGUGACGGCACUGAUGUCUGGGAAAUUGAUGCCAGUCAGAUAAAAGUUGAAAACAAAGUGGCAUCUGGAGCGUAUGGCGAUCUAUACAAAGGCAUGUAUUGCAGUCAGGAAGUGGCUGUCAAAGUUCUAAAGCCAGAGCGUGUCAGUGCCGAAAUGCUUAGAGAAUUUUCUCAAGAAGUUUAUAUAAUGAGGAAAGUCCGACAUAAGAACGUUGUGCAGUUCAUCGGAGCGUGCACUCAGCCUCCAAACUUGUGUAUUGUGACAGAAUUCAUGGCAAGAGGUAGUAUAUAUGAUUUUCUGCAUAAGCAGAAUGGCGUCUUCAAACUUCCAUCGUUAAUUAAAGUUGCAAUAGAUGUGUCGAAGGGAAUGAACUAUCUCCACCAGAAUAGUAUAAUUCACAGGGAUUUGAAGACGGCAAAUCUACUAAUGGACGAGAACGAGGUAGUUAAGGUUGCUGAUUUUGGAGUUGCCAGAGUACAGACUCAAUCUGGAGUGAUUGAACACAAGCCAUAUGAUCACAAGGCAGACGUUUUCAGUUUUGGAAUAGUGUUGUGGGAGCUUUUAACCGGAGAGCUCCCGUACGCAUACCUAACCCCAUUGCAAGCAGCUGUGGGCGUGGUGCAAAAGUGUUUGCGACCUACAAUUCCAAAACAGACUCAACCAAGACUGGCGGAACUUCUUGAGAAAUGCUGGAAACAAGACCCAACACAAAGGCCCAGCUUCUGUGAAAUCAUAGACAUCCUUCAGAAAAUCGCCAAAGAGGUUGGAGAGGGAAAGGAAGGUCGCCGUAAGGAUCGAACCUCUGGUGGUUUUUUCUCGUCUCUCACGAGAGGCCACAACUGAAACUGGAAAAGCGAGAUCGGUACAUGAUUAGAAAUAAUCUGUGUUUUUUCUUUCUUUUUGGUGCAACUGUACAUACUAGUACAGAGCUUCGGUUUGGUGCAUUUCCGGCUUUGUCUCGUCUUAUUUUCCUUGAGGUAGCUUCUUGAUGUUCAACAUUCACUAGUGGAGUGGGUUGCAAAUUUUUUUCUCAUU